CUGGGAUGGAUUGGGGGGGGGGGGGGCGGUUUCCCUGCGCAGCGAGGCUGGCUCGCAGGCAGCCGCAGCGGCUCGCCGUGAGGCACCCAGCGCGCGCAGCAGCCGGGCGGGAGCCGCCGCAGCUCCGGGGGUCGCGGCCGGGAGCCGCCGCCGCGCAGCCUCGCCAUGCCGAAGAGAAAGGUGACGGUGGCGGACGGGGAGGCCCCCGAGGAGCCGAAGAGGCGAUCGGCGCGGCUGUCCGCUAAACCUGCUCCUGCCAAAGCGGAGCCGAAACCCAAGAAGUUAGCGGCAAAGGAUAAAUCUGAGGAAAAGAAAGCUCCAUCAAAGGGGAAAAAAGGGCCUAAAGGAAAACAGACAGAAGAGACAAGCCAAGAACAGACAAAGGACAACUUGCCUGCAGAAAAUGGGGAAGCUAAAAGUGAGGAGACCCCAGCAUCUGAUGCAGCAGUAGAGAAAGAAGCUAAGUCCGAGUAACAUCUGGUACCAAGUCUUUAAUUGGUGGUCCUUAAUACCUUUCUUCUUGUACAAUUCAGAGGAAUAUUUUUAUCAACUAUUUUGUAAAUGCAAGUUUUUUAGUAGUUCUAGAAAACACAUUUUUAAAAAGGAGAGAAUCCCAACUCAACCCAUUUUUUUACAUAUUUAGAUAAGUGUAAAUGCUUUUUUUAAGUGGUAAAAUCAUGUACUGGUUGUCUGUUUUCUAUGAAACCAGAAAUUAAUGGCAUGUUACGUUACGGAGAGGACUUUGAAGCCUUGAUUAGGCUUCAUGUUCCACAGACUGCGAGGGACAGUUUUUCUAUCCUAUUAAAUGAAGCAUAACACAGAUCAGACUUUGGAAUUCGUAAUGAUAUGUUGAGAAUGUCUUAACAUUUUAGUUAUUUAUCUUUAUCUAUGGUUGUACCAUCAGUAGAAUUGUUUAUCUAAUAAAACUGCUCCCUAGUGUUGGAUUUCUUGCUGAGUGAUGUAUAUCUGUGACAAAGUUAUUUUUGGUAGUUGCAGCUUUAUUUUUUCCAACAACUUUGUAGCUGUGAUGCAAAAGAUUGGAAACUUUUGUUCUAUCUUUAAAUACUGACUAAGUAAAAGUUUCUGUUUGGCAGACAUAACUUGUUAUGUCAGUAUUUGAGAUAUUGGAACUUCAUAUCCAGUUUUAAAGGACAGCUUGUCUACAAAGAAGAAACGGAAAAUAUUUGAAAUAGUCUUAGAAAAAAACCAGAAUUAUAGUUUUUAGAUUUAAAAAACUAUGUGACUAAAAACAAUUGUAAAAUUGUUCAUAGUGUCUGUGAUCACCAAGCAAAAGCCAAAUAAAUCUUGAUUAUGAAAGGA